AAGUCGUAAACUCUGAUACCCAUGGAUGCUGCAGAGUUCCGCAAGAGAGGGAAGGAGAUGGUGGACUAUAUUGCAGAUUACCUGGAGAAGAUAGAUAAAAGACAGGUCUUCCCAGAUGUGGAACCAGGAUACCUAAGGCCCCUCAUUCCGGACUGUGCACCCCAGGAUCCUGAGAGCUUUGAGGAUGUCUUCAAAGACAUUGAGAAGAUCAUUAUGCCAGGGGUGACUCACUGGCACAGUCCGUACUUCUUUGCCUACUUCCCUACAGCCUCUUCCUUUCCGGCCCUUCUUGCAGACAUGCUGUGUGGUGGAAUUGGAUGUGUGGGCUUCUCUUGGGCUGCAAGUCCAGCUUGCACGGAGCUGGAGACUGUCAUGCUGGAUUGGCUAGGGAAGAUGAUUCAUUUGCCUGAAGAUUUUUUAGCUGGGAAGGAUGGCCAGGGCGGAGGAGUCAUUCAGGGAAGUGCAAGCGAGGCCACCCUGAUUUCACUGCUUGCUGCAAGAACAAAAUCUAUCAGGCGGGUGCAGUCAGAAAAGCCUGAGCUAACAGAAGCAGACAUCAUGGGCAGGCUGGUGGCCUAUGCUUCCGAUCAGGCUCAUUCAUCAGUGGAAAGGGCUGCAUUAAUUGGUGGUGUGAAGAUCAAAAGUGUUCCUUCAGAUGAAACAUUUAGUGUUUGUGGUUCAGCCCUAAAGAAAGUUCUGGAUGAAGACAAAGCUUCCGGUCUUAUCCCAUUCUUUUUCUGUGCAACACUUGGAACCACACCUUGCUGCUCCUUUGACAAACUCUUAGAGCUGGGUCCUAUAUGUAAUAAGGAAAAUAUCUGGAUGCAUAUUGAUGCAGCCUAUGCUGGGAGUGCAUUCAUCUGCCCUGAAUUCAGGCACCUUUUAAACGGCGUAGAGUUUGCAGACUCAUUUAACUUUAAUCCUCACAAAUGGCUCCUAGUGAAUUUUGACUGCUCUGCUAUGUGGGUGAAAAAAAGAUCAGAUGUAAUAGAGGCCUUUAAAGUAGAACCCCUUUACUUGCAGCAUCACCAUCAGGAUUCUGGCCUCGUAACAGAUUACCGGCACUGGCAAAUCCCCCUGGAAAGGAGGUUCCGCUCCCUGAAGCUCUGGUUCGUGCUGAGGAUGUACGGGGUCACGGGACUGCAGGAGCACAUCCGCAAGCACGUCAGGCUGUCGCAUCAGUUUGAACACUUAGUCCUUCAGGAUGAAAGGUUUGAGAUCUGCGCUGAGGUUGUCUUGGGACUAGUCUGCUUUCGGCUGAAGGGCUCAAAUGAACUGAACAAGGCUCUUCUUAAAAGCAUAAAUGAGGCCAAGAAGAUCCAUCUGGUCCCGUGCCACCUGCGAGAGAAGUUUGUGCUACGUUUUGCUAUUUGUGCCCGCACAGUGGAAUCCACCCACAUCAGGUUUGCCUGGCAGCACAUCUCACAGCUGGCAACCGAUCUUCUGAAAACAUGGCAGCAAAACUACCACCAGCAGUAACAGCAGUGA